AUGGAGGGGUGGCCAGCGGAAAGCUGGGCAACCGCUGGGGAGCGGUUUGGGAGUGAGAAAGUGUACAAAGCAGCUUUCAAGGCUGCGAGAUCCGUGAGGAAGUCGCUGGGACUGACGCAGAUGCCAUGGGCUCCCCCUUCCCAGGUGAACAGCAUCGUAGCCCGAACCAGGACGGUGUACUCCGAGCUUGGCUUCCUGAGCGAGGCCGAGCUCACAAAGAUAUGCGGAGUUGGAUCGAAGGCUUUGAAGCUCACCCCGGGGAAAAUCUUCCUCGAGGACAAGAAUGCAACCCUGAGAGGCUUCUACGUAAGCCUCUUGGACAUGCCGCCUGCGAUGGUGAAUGGUGUGAGGAAGAUUCGGCUGGAGUGGUCAACGACCACCGAGCACGUGGCGAUCCGACUCCAUCCGGAUCGGCAGAUCAAGCAGGACCAAGGCCAGGCGGUCUUCAAUUUCUGCACCGAGCAGGCCCUGGAGAAGAUGGAUUCCGGCUUGAAGAGUGUGAACAGAGCCAAGCUGCAGAGCGUGCCCGCUUUGAUCGCCAAGGCCGAAGCCAUCCUCAAGGCCAUGGAUCAUGGACGCCGCCAGGAGGAGGAAGAGGUAGAGGAGGACGGAGCGGAGGGUGAGCAGGGCGAGGAAGAGCAGCCGGAGGAUGACAUGGAGCUCCCCGAUGUCCAGGUCAUCGCACCCCCGUCCAUGGCCCACGACGGCUUGGGUGACUUCGAGGAGCAACCCAAGAAGAAGCCGCGAAAAUCCGCAGCUUCCAAGAAGUCUGCUCACGAGGUGGAGGAGGAUGAUGAUGGCGGCGAAGCACCGGCUGCGAUCAGUGAUGCCCCCGAGUGGCUCAUGCAGGCUCCCAAGUUCAAGAAGAUUGUGGAAAAGUGUGGCAAGGUUUGGCCGUGCUUCUUGGCCAUGAAUCCCAUCGAGAACUUGCAGAAGCGGAAGCCCAUUGGGCACAAGCUGAGAGGGGCCCGAACACUCCUCAAGACGAUGCAGACCGCUGGGCAGAAAGAAGCCACCCUGUUGGAGGGCAAGAUCGCAUUGCUGGAACAUGUGGAACAGCUUCUGCACGGUCAAGCUUACAACGCAAUGCCCCGGCAAGAGCUCAGAGCUCAUGUCGCAGCUGUGGUGAACGAAGGUUUGACCCUUCCCUCGGAUCUCAGAAUGAAGCUCAUGGAGCGCACAGCCAACGACAUGUUGGGAGACUUGCAGGAGGUGAAGGACCCCUCCAGCGCUGAGUUCAAGAAGCUCCUGACCGAGUACUUGGACAGGGUCUUGAUUUGGAGAAAGGGGUCAGAUGUGGACGAGACCAAGCCCACUUGGUCCUUCGUGUGGGACGGAGCCUGCCAGGAGAUCGACUACGACAAGCGUUUCGGCAAGUUGACUGCCGAGCAGGCAGAGGAGCAGAAGGAAUUGGUCACAAAGGACUGUGCCAGUGGCAUCAUGGAGUCGCUGUGCUGCGACCACUUUUUCAGCAUGUGCAGGAACAUGGAUGCAAGCACCCAGCCCCGCGUUCUGAAGAUCUUGGUUGGGUUCCUGGAGAAUGCUCCGGGCCCGGAUGGCGAGGAUACUUUCCCCCCGACCAUCACCGCCGUGUACGAGCGCUACAUGAAGAUGGUGAAGGCUUUGGUUUGCUUGUUGUCCCCGGUGCCAAAUUUCAUGGGCUCAUCGCCCGAGGCAUUGGCUGAGCUGAGGUCCUACAAGGGCAAAAAUUGCGAAGAAAGUGCCCUUCGCGAUGUCAUCGCAGACCCCAGGCAGAAGGUCUGGGCGGCUUUGGUGGAUGACAUGCUUUCGAAGUGGGAGAGCACCGAGGCCUCAUUGCCCAAGCUGGAGGAGUACGGCAAGGUCUUGAAAAGGAUGUCCGAGCUCGACGAUGCCGACAUUCCAACUUUGGAUGCGGAGUUGCUAGCAGAUGCAGCUCGUGAGCUUCCCAAGUUGCAGAAGCAGCUCAGAAAGGGUUUGGGCGUGGAUGAGAUGAAGCUUUUGAAGGAUGUCCUGUGCAAGUUUGCAGGCUUCCUGUCCAAGACCCGGCCAGGAGAGGCCAGCAUCAGGACGACUGCUUUCACUGGCGUGCAGGAUGGCUUGAACUGCUUCGCCGAUGAGGCUGGUGUUGCCAAGCUUUGUGAUGCGCUCAGCAGGUGGUUCAAGAACUCGGAGAAGCACCUGGCUUCGUCCGAGCUGAUGACCAUUUGCCGCACCUUUCCGGAGGAUCUGCAAGCACCCAUGAAUGCGAGCAACUUGGGUGCCUUCAUCGAUGCAUGGCAGAACUGCCCCAGGGAGAUCAUCGAGAAUUUCCAGGGUGUUCAGGAGACUGACUACCACCAUGCCCUUGCCUGGAUCUUCCGGGUCAUCGCAGGCAUCGUCAAGGCCGGUGAGGGAAAUUUGAUUGAUGAAGUGAAUGAGUCUAUGUUUUUGGGUUUCAAGGAAGACUCCUUUUCUAUUCGGUUAUUCGGCUAUUCAAUAUUCGCUAUCAGCUAUCACUAUUCCACUAUUCACUAUUCACUAUUCACUACUCACUACGUCACUACGUAA